CCUCACACGUUUAUAAUAGACAAAGUCCUUACAUCCUUCUUGCUUCAGAUUAAAUAUCUCAGUAUCGAUCCGAUGAUGACUCUACCAACUUACUUCCAGAACCUCACGGAUUUCAUAAACCAGUGGGAUUCUCUCACCCUUCUGUUUCUUGCUCUCUGGAGCAUUUUCUCAGUUACUUGGUACGUAUGCAUCUUCUUCAUCAAACUUAAUGCUAACCUACCCCCAGGUCCGCCAGGCCUUCCCAUAUUCGGCAAUCUUCUAUCUCUCGAUCCCAAUCUUCACUCCUACUUCGCUUCUCUUUCUCAAACCUAUGGUCCGAUCUUCUCGCUUCGGCUCGGAUCCAAACACGGUGUCGUCAUCACCUCCCCUUCAAUGGCACGGCAAGUUCUCAAAGACCAGGACGUCAUUUUCGCCAAUCGUGACGUCCCUGUCGCCGGCAGGGUGAUCACCUAUGAUGGAUGCGACGUAGUUUUUUCCUCUUAUGGAUCGAAGUGGCGAAUGUUGAGAAAAGUGCUUGUGCAAUGGAUGUCCAGAAACACCACCAUGGAUUUCGUCUAUGAGCUCCGUCGCGAGGAGGUCCGCAAGACUGUGGCUUAUCUAUAUAAUCGGGUCGGGUCACCGGUGGAUGUUGGGGAGGAGAUGUUUCUGACAGUGCUGAACACGAGCACACAUACGAUUUUGGGUCAGACCGGGGAAGGGGAUGAAGGGACUGAAAUGGGAUUAGAGUUCAGGGAAGUGAUGACGCUUAUCAUGGAGCUAAUUGGGAAACCUAACCUCUCAGACUUCUUUCCUUGCUUGGCUUGGUUUGAUUUGCAAGGUGUGGAGAAACAAAUGCGCAUGGUGCUCCAGCGGUUCGAUCAUAUCUUCGAGAAGAUAAUUAAGCAGCGGUUGAAGAAGAAGCAGCAGCAGCUUAUCAAUGGAAGCGAAGCGGAAGGAAGUAAGGACUUCUUGGAGUUCUUAUUGAAAAUGAAAGAUGAAACAGAUUCUAUGACGCCACUCAGCAUGGCAAACAUCAAGGCCCUCCUGGUGGAUAUGGUGAUAGGUGGGACCGACACAUCCUCUAAUACAAUUGAAUUCGCAAUGGCUCAUUUAAUAAAUGAGCCAAAGGUGAUGAAAAGAGUUCAAGAAGAAUUAGAUAGCAUAGUGGGAAAGAAUAACAUGGUUGAAGAAUCACAUAUACAAAAGCUACCAUAUUUGCUUGCUGUCAUGAAAGAAGUUCUAAGGUUACACCCCGUUGUUCCUCUUUUAGUUCCUCAUUGUCCAAGUGAAACCACAAGUGUGGGAGGCUAUGCAAUCCCAAAAGGCUCUCGUGUGUUUGUGAACGUGUGGGCAAUACAUAGAGACCCAUCCAUUUGGGACAAUCCUCUAGACUUUGAUCCUACAAGGUUCUUGGAUGCUCAAUAUGAUUACAAAGGGAGUGAUUUUAGUUAUUUACCAUUUGGUUUUGGACGAAGAGCAUGUGCAGGAAGAUCUGUGGCAGAAAGGACCUUUCUGUAUUGUGUUGCAACACUGAUACAUUUAUUUGAUUGGAAAGUACCACAAGACCAAAAGUUGGAUAUAUCAGAGAAGUUUAGUAUCGCACUGAAAAAGAAAACGCCUCUAAUUGCCAUCCCCACGCCACGAUUUUCCAACCCAGCUCUCUAUGAUUAGAAAAUGCAUAGUUACUAGCUAGUUGAAGGUAAUUUAAUUCCGGACUGUACUGUGGCCAAUCCGUUAAAAGAAUUUGAGUUUUUUUUUUUUUUGGUAAUUUUCUGUCAAGAAUGCAGUACUCUUGUUGGGAAGAAGGAGGUGCAAAUGUACCAGCAUUUACAUUAAUUGUAAUAGUGUAUGGUACAAAUAGGGGAACAGCUUGUUCAAUUGCUUCUA